UUUUGUUGUUUAUGUGAGAUCAAACGUCCAAAUCGCUUAGUAUAUGUACAAAGACCCAAAUUAUUGAAGUCAUAUUUCUAAUAAAAAAAAAUUAGAGGUUAAGUUUAAGGUAUUUCUCAUCUCGUUUGGUCUCUAAAAAUCGAUUUAGAGGGUCCUCCCUUCUUCUAGAUUCGGUUUUACGGUAAAAAAAUUACCGUUAAACUGCUCGCUAAUUCCAACCACCGGAAAUUUAGCGGCAAAGAAAUGCCGGUGCGAGUUGAGAGCUCUACGCCUUCUCAAAUUUCGGGUGCUGAUCCUAAGCAGACCACUCCUCAAGCUUGUACGUUGCUUAGUGUAGGACAGGCGUUCUCCGGUACUCAGAAUGUCUCUAAUAAUCAAAAGGAUGAGGCUUGGAGGGUGAAUGUACGAAUACAGGGAUUGGACCUUGAACAUGGGUAUCUUUGUGGCACGAUGGAGGCCCUUAAUGUUCCUAUGGCGGACACUCCGGUAGUAACCUUUUGGGAAGGGGAGAUUGUGGAUGGCAAGAAUUAUAAUUUCUUCACUGGAAAAUGGCAAGCAGCACCGGAAGAGGAUAUAAGGCACUGGACCAAAUUUCCAUCAUUUGCUCCCCUAAUGAACCAAGUGGAAGUUGAUGGUGGGAAAUCUUUGGAUCUUAGUAAUUAUCCAUGCAUCUUUAUGAGAUGGAAAGAGCAAUACUUUGUGAAUGUUGGAACCGAUUGUGGGUUAACUAUAGCUGGUUUUUAUUAUGUUUGCUUCUCUUGUAGCGACGGUUCUAUCAAUGGCUUCUACUAUGACCCUAAUAGUAGCCCAUUUCAGAAGCUUGAACUAAAGUCUACAAACGAGGGAAGAUCGGGUUUCAGCUUCUCAUCGUACGAGUUGCAAUGACCCAAAAUCGGAAAUUCCUUAUAAAAUUAUGGUUGGUUUAACUUGUUGCUAUAUUUGAGUUCCAUGGUUUUUCUGCUUCAAACAACUCAAGUUGAAGUAGUUGAGAUUUUUCUGUUCCAUGGUUUUUCUUGCUAAGCAAUACCGAGAUUUUGCUUCAACUCCUGUAGGUUUACCAUGAAAUUUAAUGGGAAGUGUAGCAUGUACCUAGUUCGGUGUAUGAAAAUUUUGGUCCCAGAAGUUGCAGUAUUGAAGAUUCGGGCUACAACAGGUUGUUGUAAUGAUUCUCUCUCUGCUCUGUGGUUCUAUCAAACCUUAGCUCGACUUAACUCAUUCCCAUUUUGUAAUUUAUUCGAGUUGUUUGUUUCUCCUGUUUAUAAUUUCCUUUUUAGUGCAUAAAGAUACGAAAUUGUGGGAAUAUUACUAUAUAUAGUAAGAAGUUUUGAAGAUUGGAUGUGUGUGAGAACAAUAAUGGCAAAAGCAAAAAAAGGAAUAGUCAUUUAUGGAUAA